GUGCCAAGGAUCGAGUCUGUAUUGGGCGCAUGAAAGAAUUUUAUUUGUCAACGAAGUUGGAAAAACUCUUGGCCUAUUGAACACCUAGUAAUAACUCCAGGAUCCAUUAUUCCUCAAUAUACAGGAGACUAUGUUCUGCAUGCUAGUGAAGAUACUACUGAUUCAUCUCUGGAACAAUUCAGUGCAUGGCAAACUAUGCUAAACUUCUUCUUCCCGACAACAUGCAUUCCAAAGGAUAACCAGGACAGUAAGAUAUGUAACGAGCAACAAACUCUUAACCAGAGUGAAUGCCUGAGAUACAAAUGCUGUUAUUCACCGUUUGGGACCGAUAACAACUGUUGGACUCCAUUUAAAGAUACACCUACACAGAUGAUUCGAAUUUUUGGACUUGGUAUGAUCAGCAUUAUCAUCCUGGGAUGUCUGCCCAUUUUUUGCUGCUCUUUUUGUCGGAGAAGAAAAUGGGCCAAUUCACUGCGAAGGAAGAGCAGUAUAAUUUUGAAGGGUUUGAAGAAAAAACGAAACAAGGCAAAGUGGUUUAUUCAUAAGUAUGUAAGGAAAGAUGGUGAUGGAGGGGACAAUGGAAGGAGACAAGAGUUCGAAGAAUUGAUCUACCCUUGAGGGGAAUGCAAACGUUUCAAAGAAAAAGACUUCUCAGUACUCAAUGGAGUCUUAAAAACAUAAAAUUUAGUUCCUAUAAUCCUCAGUUUAAAAUUUAAAG